AGUAAUAAGUUUGCUAGGGUUAUGCCCUCCUCCUCAAGGUCCAAAGUGACAAAUUCGAACCGAAGUAAGAGGCGAAGGAAAACUCUCUCUUCAACUCAUAGUGUUUCAGACCCGUCAGUGGAAAGCAAAGAACUGAAUAAGUUACACGACGCACUGGGUUCAAAAUUUUCAUCAGAGAGAAACUGCGGUUUGGAGGCAAUGGAGUCUUGCAGUACUGACAAAUUCGAACACAAAGCUACACUUGAAGGCAUUCCCAGUCCUUUUGCUUCAGAAGAAAGCGUACGAGAAAACGUAGAAACCUUUUUUGGGUGCAGAGACCAUAAAUCCGUGAGCAAGGCGAACUCUGUUGAGGUGCAGAAGGCGCACCCUUUGUUUCUACCUAAGAAUGCAAGCUAUUCCUCAGAGAACCAAGUGUCGGAAGAAGAUACAACUACUAUACGGAGUAGGAGAAGAAAGUGGAGUUUAGAAGAAAGAAACAACUUCAUUUCAUAUUCUGAUAAGGACGCCUGUAGCUUUAUUGGCGCGUUGUUCCGUUUGAAGUUUCAUUCUGGCUACUUUAAGAAUGAAGUGACUUCUUCUUGUAAAGACGUUCCUUGUCUUGAAGAUUUCCAGGAAAAUGAAGAGGAGAAGCAGUUUUUGGUAGAAAACAUUGUAGAAGCCGUUUUUCCAAAUUGUUUGAAGGGUGUAUGGAACCAGGUACUUACAAAUAAUUGUCUAGAGAGCAUUUUUGGCUCAUCAAUGGAAUGUUUACCUAAAAAUGCGGAGGAAAUGUGGAAGUGGACUCCAACAAGGUUUCUAACUGGUUCUAUUAGAGAAUGGCAGCUAUCUUUUUUGGAACAUUUACAAGCAAGUAUAGAUGAAUUGAAGUAUACUCCGUUUCAUCGUGGGCGAUAUUAUCGUUUUAAUUGGUUGAAAGACGAAGCGUUUUUGGUGAAUAUCGACAAGGAACAGGCGAAGAAGUGUAUCGAAGAAUUACUACAACAAUACCAUAUUGAUACCAUAGACUCUCUUCGCCAAGCAACUGUUGAAGAUAUGUUGUUAAGAGAGGGUUACCUAAUGCCAGAUAAAUCUACAGCACUGAUUUGGCAUCCUUCAUUAAAAAGAGAAGUAAAGCCAGAUAGUUCCUUUUUGAAGGAAUUUGACCGUUUGAGUGAUUCAAAAGGUUUUGAACCCGAAAUCUCGUCAGAAAGACUGAAUGUUUUUCCAAAACUUCCUCAGAUUGAAAUGACCCAGCAGGAACAUAUUGGAGAGUUGAAACACAAUCAUCGCAAAGGCACUUCUUGUCCAGCAUGUCAUGCCCGUACAACUGCCAGACAUCGUGCUAGAGAUACAAGUGAAGUGUCAUGGAAAGGUUCUUCAAAUUUCAUAUUGAAAUGGUUGGAUAGUGUGGUUUGCAAACAAUGUGAGGUGUGUUUUAAUGGAAUCAACGAAGGUCUUGAGGAUAGUUAUAGUUCUGGGUUAAUCUUUGCUUCUUGUAUCAUUUGUGGAGUAACUGUUCAUGCUUUGUGUUACGGGGUGCAAGAAUAUGAAGAUGUCCUUUUUGCAUCGAUGAAAGGCUUGAAGCGAUUUUUUCUUUGCUCUCCAUGCUCAGAAGAAGCUUUCAUGGCAUCAUGUGUAAUAUGCAGUAGGAAAGGAGGUGCGUUGAAGAAAACUGAGGAUGGAAAUUUUGCACAUUUGUAUUGUGCUCUUUGGACGCCGAAAGUUUUUGUGAAGAACACUCAGUUUAUGGAACCCAUUGUGAAUUUGGAAAUGGCGAAGAAUACGUCACCAAACGGCAAUUGUGUAUUCUGUUCAAAGGAUAAUUCUGGCAUUACAGUUUCUUGUGGAUUUCCUGAUUGUUCUCAGUGUUUUCAUGUUUACUGUGCGCGAGACGCCGGUCAAAAGCCAUUUAUAGUGUCGGCUGCUGAAGGAGGAUACCAAUUUCUGAUUUUUUGUCCAUUUCAUAAAAUGUCGCAUUACCAUUCUUCAUCCAAAGACGAUAUUAACGCGGUGCUGAACACAUUGCAGCCAAGGAUUUUGAAGAAAUCAAAAAAGUCUUCCAUAUAUAGUGAAGAUCGAAGCCAUGAAGCUGUUCUGAAUUCGAAACAAAAGAUUCGAAACGAUAUGCAUUCUAAUGAAAGGAACGAGAGGGGCAUGGUUGAAGCUCAUUUGAGGCUCAAGAAAAAGGACUGGAGUGCAGCUGCUUUAUUUAAAUUGCAUAAUAUUGGAAAGUCUCAGUUAUUAAACUUUGAAAUAAUCGAUCGUCAACAGAUUGACAGAGUUGUAUAUUCCUUCUUAAACCCUGAUAAGAAUAGGAAUACGCGUGAACUCUGUGACAGCGAUGAAAUAUGGGAAGCUACUCAGAAAACUAUCGAACAAGAGCAAAUCUUGUUUGGAGACCACAAGGGCACUAUCGAAAAAAUAGCUGGUGCUUUAAAGCAUAUUUACAAUCGAGAGAGCAGCAUGAAGACAGACUUGAAGAUGGAGAAGAAGAUCUUAAUGAGCCUCAAAGGGAUUCAAAAGGUACGCAAAGCUGUUGAUGCCAGUCGACCAUCUUGUCUUCGUCAUGGGGGUGUCGUGUCUGUCAACACAGCACAGAAACGUUUACGUGAACUUCUGCAGGAUAGUGCUGCGAUGAAGGAAGCAAAGGAGGACGUCUUACCUGUCGAUUCCGGUCCUCAUCGACGACGCACACAAGUUAUUCGGAAUGCUGCUGCAAAGAAUUCAUCUUCAGUUUCCCCUGUGAAACUGAAACCAGUUGUGAAGGAAGAAGAUAACUUUGAUUUUCCUCCUGAUCUUCCGCAAGAACUUACUGCAUGUUGUUCAGUAUGUGGUAGUGGAGAUUGUGAUGAAAUUGGAAACGAUAUAAUCCUUUGUGAUGGCUGUCAUGUUGCAGUUCAUCAGACCUGUUAUGGAGUGCGCUCAAUCCCUGAAGGUGAUUGGUUUUGUAGUUCCUGUAUUGCAGUGGGCAAGACGGAUAGGAAUGACUCGGAGAUUUCUAAGUCGUCGUUGGGUUAUCAUUAUCCAAGUUCAGAUGAAUCGGUCCCUGAUUCUCAUCGUUGCAUUCUUUGUCCUAUGGUUGGAGGUGCACUGAAACCUACAAACGUUGAAGGCAAAUGGGCUCACGUAUCUUGUGCCAUGUGGCUUCCCGAGACCUAUUUUGAUAAUCCUGAGGCAAUGGAACCAAUUAUGGGUUCUGAGAAGGUAAUUGCAGAAAGGUGGAGUUUAAAGUGUUCGGUAUGCAAUCAACGUAAUAUUGGUCCCUGUAUUCAAUGUACACUUCGUCAUUGUGGGAGAGCAUUUCAUGUUUCUUGUGGAAUUUCAGCUGGUUUGCAUAUGGAAAUCAAGGAAGAUCCAAGUAAAGGAGCAGGUGUAUCGUUGGUAGCAUUGUGCCCUAAGCACUCAAGAGCACAUUUCUCUGCUACAGAGCACAGCAGAAUCGUCUCUUUAAGGAAGAGGAGAAGAAGCAGCGGGGGAGGCAAUGGGAUAGAAUUAAAUCAGAAGCCAAAUAUGUCAAGUUUGCAAGGUAAAGAUGAUUUCGUGCGCACCGUGUCUUUAGAUGACAACAACAAAUUUGAAUAUAGCAUCUCACCAAGCAUAUCAGCCUUGGAAUCAGAGGAUGAUAUCAGUCUUCAUCUAGAGAGACUUAAGAAACUUUAUCAGAACUUAGAGGAAGUGAGAAAUCUUUGUGAUUUGGUUCGAAAAAGAGAACAUUUAAAGCGAGGACUUGUUCUGGUGGCUUUUAAAAUCUACAAACAACAUUUUUCAGAGAACUUGGAAAGUCUUCUGAACGGAAAUGACGACGUGAGUGAGAAAGUUGCUUUGGAGGAUAGUGUAGUCCAACAAGGAGAAAAUUAUCGGCAGAAACCAUUAAAGUUGCGUUUAAGAGGAGGUGGCUUUGCCACUUUAUGUGAGAAACGACAAGAUAAUAUGAAUGAUGACGAUAGUAUUGCUGAAACGUCAUUGACGCCUCGUGCAAGUCGAAGUGGUAUGGUUGGUGCAGUCGCAGCAUCAGCAGCAGCUGCUGUUAGAGCUGCCGGAGCUGCUUUCCGUUUGCAUCGCAGUGAGUAAGAUAUGAAUUCUUACAAUGAAUUCUGGUUUAUUUUA